UGAUGAUUGUUGACAUACACUCAUAUGACUGACAUUUACUUUAAGCCAACAAUUGAUUAAUCAUUCAUUGAUUUAAUAGUCAUUUGAUAUGAUAUAUGAAGUAAACUCUCAUAAGAGACAGCAUUUGCCAUGACUUCGCUGCAGAAGAAUAUAUUUUACAACACGCUUGUGAAAACAUUCCGCAAGAGGUAUUUGGAUGCCAUGAACAAGUGUCACACCAUUAUAGUGCCCAUCAAUGAUAGCUAUGAAUGCAAUGUCAUUAACGAUCACUUCAUCAGCGCUCAUAUACUCAAAGACUCGCCUUUACUUAAAUCUCAUUUCGUUGCCGCCAAUAAUAAGCAUACAUUUGAUGUGGAAAUCGAUGAACAGAUACUUCGGGUCACAAGAGGUUUUGGUGAUAAAAAUUGCGAAAUAAUUCAGAUAUUAAGCGAAGAGAUUGCUUACAAUUACCAAAACAAGGACUACCGGAUACUCAUCUGCGAGAAGCCGUUAAUAAAGUCCAAUAAAAGGCAAUCGAGUUAUGAGUCGACGAAAACUAAUUCACAAAACGUUUCGUUGAUCUCAUUCGCGGAUUGCGAAAGUUUUUUGCGCAAACUAUCGCCACAAUUAACCGAUUCGUUGAAAGCAAAAGUGGAGGAAAUGAUGAAAACGUAUAUAAUUUUACCGAAAUAUCUAAACGAUGCCAAAGACCGGUUCAAAGUAAUCAUUGACUGGGGAAUAGAGAAUUUUGAAAGUCUUCCCAAUUUGCCCGAAAUGGCAACAAAUGACUCGCAAUUGGAUUCAGCGAUAGAAAGUUAUAUAAUUGGUUUAACUGAUCCCAAACUGUUGGACGCAAUCAAUAAAUGCUAUAAAAAUGAAGACGAAUUACUGUACAAUAAAUUCACGCAAAUGUCUGAACGCCACAUAAAUCCAGUAGAGUUCGGGUCUCAACAAGUGUUUGAAAGUUUUACCAUAAAUGCGAUCAUAAGGGAAGAGUUGUCACGAAUCGAGUCGAAGGUAACGCCUCUCGAGAAGUUGUAUUCACUGCGAAAGACAUUGGAUUUAGUGACGGAACAGAUGAACAAAUCGGUUCAAGAGAGACACUUCCCGUUAGUGGCAAAGAGUGAACCCAUUUGUAUUAUGUCCGACGACUUGAUCGCUGCCGUGAUCUGUGUGUUGACUGCCGUUCAACCGAAACGUUUCGAAAGUGAAAUCAAUUUCAUUCAGACAUUCAGUUGGAAUUUACCGCAAAAUAAUGAAUUCGGAUACUCGUUGGUCACCUUCGAAGUGGUCAAAGAGUUCAUCAAAAACUAUAAUCUGAGCCAAAAUUCUCAUCAAAUGAACGCCAAAAGCGAACUGAAAGGGCGUCAGAGCGGAGACAACGGUUCCCUUUCACCGAACUAUUCAUACAUCAGUUCACCACUCGAUCGCGAAUUGGAGAAAAUCUCGAAAAUGAUUGACAUCUCAAGCAUUGGCUCUAAUUCUAGUCAAUCAAGACAUUCAGGCCAUGAAGUGAACGACGAUUUGGGGUAUAAAUGA